AUGCUGGAAAUUCAUCUGAGAUACGUUCGAUCAUUUCUUGAGGAUGCUGCUCGCAAGGUGCCACCCGAGCUUGGCAUCGAUUUCGAGGAUGUUCUUCGGAAGAUCAGCUCUGUGCCAAUAGACGCGAAUGCAUCACCUCGAGCCGCCUCGGUCCCAUCAGCAGGCGUCGAUGCUGGGACAGCAGGUUCGCCUACCGACAAUCUAAGUCGUCUGUCACACCCUGACUGCCUCAAAUCGAUCGUUGAGCUCUUGGACGAUGGUCCGCCAGGGCAGAGCUAUGAUGCGGUGAAUGAACUGUUCGAUCGUCCACUAGCAAACGCACCCAAGGCGGCAACGAGCCCACUCCCGCCGAAGACCGAGGCGCUUGUGCUGAUCAACAGCCUCUUCUCCACUCAGCAUCCGCUGCUCGCCUUCCUCCAUGAACAGUACUUCCGUGAUACCGUGGAUCUCGUCUACAACGCCGAGUCCCGAGACGAAGCAAUCGACCGCUUCUUACCAAUGCUGCACAUUGCUCUCGCACUCGGCUACCUCUUCUCAAAGCAAACGCAUCGCGAGGAGGGAUGUGAAAUUGCCCAGCAGAAGUCGAUGCAGCACUUCAUGACUGGUCGCAGUAUGCUGCAGCCUCUGCGCGUCCAUUCUAUGAUGGCUCUACAGACGUUACUAUGCGCUGUCGUCUGGCUUAUUUCGACCGGCCGUGUUGUUCAAGCUCAUCCGCUGAUCGGGCUCUCUGCAUCUCUGGCAUUGCGGCUUGGCUUGCAUAGGAGGCAUACAGGUCUGCCAAUGGAGGAGACAAUGCUCCACGCGAAGGUCAUGGUGUCGAUCUUGCAGGCGGAUAUGUUUGUUAGCAUGUUGCUAGAGCUGCCCGGCUUUCUGCAAAACGUUGAAUAUGAGUCAGUCAGCCUUGACGAAGUGCAAGCCAAGGCAGCGCAGGACAAAGACAAGCGUGUCACGGCUUCAUUGCAGCACUACAGUCUGCUAAAACUGUGCCGGACCAAGCAAACAGAUGUGGAGGCGCUCCUUGCGGAUCAAAUCGCUCUGAUGAGAGUCCGCAAGGACGGAAACGCUCCCUUGCCGCGGAGACCUGGCGGAAAUCCGGAUGACCAAAGGAUUCAAUUACAAAUGGAGAUCAUGCUCAACUUGGCAUUCUUACAUGUGGCUCGGACUUCUUUGCUAGACAUAUUGCAUUCAUCAGAACACCAGGAAUCGCAUGAGGCUUUCAACCACACCGUGAUGGCUCUGGGUCUGGCCUCCGACACUAUCAAGCGAGUCCAGAUUGCGUUGCGGAUGAAGAUUCUAUGUCCGGCCGAUUGGAGUAUCAUGUAUACUUUGCUGAUCUCAGUGGUCUACAUUAUCGCUCUGCACUCCCACAACGAGCAAGCGGUACCUUCAGAUGAAGCGCAUCAACAAGUCGUCUUAGCUAUCGAGCUGCUGGCGGCCUGCCGUUGCUGCGAUGGCGGAGCGACUCGCGCUCUCCAUGUGGUAAAGCUUGUAUUGCAACGAUCAAGCCUCCGCCAUAUCGACAUCAACGACAUCGUAUCCAGAACAUCACGCAUUUGCGAUGCCGAACCACAGACACCGCCGCUCAACGCCAACUUGACCCGCCAAGACGACAUUAUGGCGCUGCUGAAUACCCGCCGACAUGAAUCAUUUGCUUCAUCCACAACCUCGAAAAGUCGCUCACCGAGCGCGACCACUUGA